AACUCGUACCUCAUAAUAACAGUUCUGAUAACGUGAACCAUGUUCUUACCAGUAAUCGAACUUUUCCUUGUGUUUAUAUUUACAACCCUUGUGGGUUUUUACAUCUACUACAGCCACUGCUUCACCUACUGGAAAAGAAAAGGAGUCCCUCAACUUAACCCUACUUUCCCUGUAGGAGACUUAGGAGUGUCAGCCCUGGGCAAAGAAAGUGUUUAUGUCCGUUUGCAAACCUUGUACCACAAGUUCAAAAACGGUGGUCACAAAUUCGGAGGGAUAUACUUUUUCAAUGGACCUAUUUACUUCCCGGUGGAUCCUUUUUUCGUAAAGGAGGUUUUAGUGUCUAAGUUUGAUCAUUUUGUGGAUAGAGGGAUGUACAUCAACGUGAAAAAAGUGCCUUUAUCGUCUAAUAUGUUCACAAUGCCGGGAGAUGACUGGAAGGCUAUUAGAGCAAAACUGACACCUAAUUUCACAUCAGGGAAAAUCAAAAGUAUGUACAAUAUUGUGCUGGAAAUGUCCCAAAACUUGCUAAAGACGUUGAAACCACUAGCUGAGAAGGAACUAGAAGUAGACAUGAAGGACAUUUUCUUGAGGUACAUAGCAGACGUUGUUGGUACCACAUCGUUCGGUAUUGACGUCAACAGUCUCAAAAAUCCAGAGAGUGAGUUUUCACAAACCAUUUCAAAACUUUUUUACCUGUCUCCUUGGAAACUAUUUCGCUUGGUGGUGGAAGAAGGUCUUCAAAAUCCAGGAAACAUUAACAAACUUUUCAUGGAUAAUAGAAGUCUAGAGAAGUACUUUUUCGACUUAGUUAGAGAUACGAUAGAAUAUAGAGACAAAAAUAAUGUCUUGAGAAAUGAUUUUAUGAAUAUUUUGAUGCAACUAAGAUCGACUGGAAUGACUUUACAGGAAAUUGUUUCCGAAGCUGUUUUAUUUUUUACAGCUGGUUACGAAACGUCGUCAAGUGUUCUAAGUUUCUGCUUGCACGAAUUUGCCCACAAUGAAGAAAUCCAAGAUAAAGCAAGAAGAGAAAUUAGAGAAAAACUAGGAACUGAGUCUUCCAAGUACACUUAUGAUGGAAUUUUAAGUCUGUCUUAUGUUGAUAAGUGUCUUAAAGAAACCAUGAGAAAGUAUCCAGUUGUUGGAAUGCUUAACAGACAAUGUGUGAAGACGUACCGAAUACCUGGGACUAAUGUCACUAUUGAUCCAGGCACACCUGUCAUCAUUCCAAUGUUGGGUCUUCAUCGAGACCCCGACUAUUUUCCAAAUCCACUGAAGUUUGAUCCAGAACGUUUCAACAAUGAAAAAGAUGUGACCCCGUUUAUUUACUUACCAUUUGGUGAAGGUCCCAGGAACUGUAUAGGUUUUAGGUUAGGUUUGAUUCAAACCAAACUUGCCCUUGCUGCUGUUUUGAACGACUUCCAGUUUGUUCCUGUUAAAGAGUCAUCUCGACACCUUGUCAUUGACCCUAGUACUACUUCAGUUGUGUUUACCGUAAAGGGUGGCAUUUAUUUAAAAAUCAAAAAAAUAUAAUAUAAGUAUAAAAUUUUGAAAUUGUGUUAAGUUCCAA